AUGUUAAAAAUUAUUUUUUUAAUUUUGCUCAUAUUCGCACGCAUUGAUUCUAUAAGUACAAAUAAGGCAAAAGGGACUGCACGAGAUGGAAAACAGCAUUUGGAAACGCAUAGCCCAACUUAUACUCCACACGAAAAAACCAAAGUUAUUUUUUAUAUGCCUGGACAGGAACAGGAAGAACACAAAGGAUACAAUGAUCCCAAUGGAAGUAAAAAAGAUGGGAAAUCGGACACGAGCUCCAAUGUAGGAACACAUUUAGGUUCAACAACUGAUGCAGAGAAUUCAACAGGAGGAUUUAAUAGAGGAUAUGGAGUAGUAUCCCAUUCAGGGACAGCAUCAAGUAACUAUAAAGGAAAUUCCGGGCAAGGGACGAAUAAUGACCUGCCUCAUGGUGAUAACUCGAAUAAAGGACAGCAACGAAAUGCUGGGUUCAACAAAAAGCAAGAAGACGCUUUAAGAGAUGAAUAUGAAAGAAUUAGAAAACAAGAAGAAGAAGAGGAAGAAAGGAUAAACAAUCAAAGAAAGGCUGAUAUGAAGAGAGCUCAGGAGGGGGGAAAUAAAUUUGGGAAUGAUCAAACAGGACAGGCUUCUUUAACCAACACGAAAUAUGAAAUAUCACACCCUCAGUCAGGUCCCACAAGCACUAAUGCAAAAAAUAGAGGCCCGGGGUUUUAUGAUGAGUUCGGAAAUGGGCCUUACCAUUUAGUUGGCACACCAAGCGGGGGGUUAACUCAUACCGCACCUCCAUAUGAGUAUUAUCAUGAGCAUGGCGCUGGAGGAAAUGGUCACGGGCCGUACAGCGGCGCUGACGGGAAGGGCUAUGGACAGUACGGCGGCGCUGAUGGGAAGGGUUAUGGAGCUUAUGGUGGAUCUGAUGGAAAGGGCUACGGACCUUACGGUGGAGCCGAUGGUAAGGGCUACGGGCCUGAUGGUACGGCAGGAAGUGUAUACCAUGGUGGAUAUGACAAUGGAGGAACAAACCAAACAUACAGAACACAUUUACAUGUAAACUUUGGAGAUGGUAAAGGAGGUCAUGACGGAAAAAAUGGCAUGGACGGAUAUCCAAAUUAUUUUACAAACCACUUCACACCUGGGGACGCAAAGGGGGCAGGUGCCUAUGGGCAUGAAUCGGCAACUUAUGGCGUGCACCAUGGGGAAAAUGGAGUAGCUACAGGGGAAGGAGACUACGGAAAGAGUAAAGGGUCCGAUGGGAAAAAUGGUACGGAGGCGGAUGGACAAAAUGGAAGUGGAACUGAAGCGCAAAAUCCAUCUGGACCCAUGGGGCAUAACGGAGUUGGAGAGACAACCUACAGUGUACAUUACGGAACAAAUGGCAGUGGAACAGGAAACGGAGGUGGAUCGGGCGAAGAAGGGGCAAACAAAACAAAUCCUUCUUAUCAUGGAGGGUAUGAAAAAAAUACUGGAUCAGAAAAGCAUGAGGAAAACGGAACUCCAUACUAUGUCGAGUAUCCAGAUGAAAAUACAGAAAGCGGAACGACAACUUAUGGAUUAGAUCAUGGGAAAAAUGGUAACACGCAAGGCGAACACGGACAAGGAGGAUACGGGAAAAACGACCUAGGAAGUGCAAACGGCGCAGGGACAUAUCACAGUAAAAACAAUGGAAAAAUUAAUUACCCAAACUUAAACUACAUUCAUGGGUUACGGCCUGUUAAUGCAGGUGACGGACAGGGAGUUUACGGCGGAAAUGGAAUUAACAACCCAGUAGUAUAUCAUGUGAAACACGGGGUAAAUGACCCUAACAAUGAUAGCGAUAAACAAGCGAGUGACCAUAGCUCCCAUGAGGACGGCAACACACACCAGGGGAUGAGAAAAAACGGAAUGGUGCAAAUGAAUCCAGGGGAAAGACAUAGAGGCUACAAUUCCUCCCACGAUUCAGAUAACGAUUCUCUUUUAACUGAGUAUCAGUUAAAGGAAGGUGGCGUUAAAAGAUUAACACCUAAGGAUAAAAGAGGUGCAGCGUCGGAGGACAGUGAGGAAAAUCUAUACGUGAAAAGAACAAAUGGGAGCGGAUUCUCCACGAUGACCGGCAGCGACAUGGGAAAAUACGGAACACACAACACAAGAUCCGGCAACAAUUAUAAUAAUUAUGAAAGCCGAUUUACUCCUAUCACCGGGAAGAAUGACAACACGCAUGCUAAACGCAGAGCAAAGGAAAUUGAGGAAAACCUGAAUAAAGGGGAAUAUUCUAGAAUGAAGAAGUCCAACGGAAAAAAAGGACAGAAAUCGGACGGAUCUGAAUCAGACUCGAACGAAUCAGAUGUAAAUGCUUCCACCGUCUUUUACGUCGACAACGGACAAGAUAUGGUAAUUAAGGAGAAGAUGUCCAAUUCGGAAGGAACAGAAGAUAUGUCAGAGGAAGGAUUGAACAUAAGAUACAAAAAACAAAAAGGGCCUGUAAAUUACCACUUUUCGAAUUACAUGAAUUUAGAUAAAAGAGAUACGCUGAGCUCCAAUGAAAUAGAAUUACAAAAAAUGAUAGGACCUAAAUUCUCACAAGAGGUAGAUAAAUAUUGCCGUCUUAAUGAACCUCUACAAAAAAAAGGCGAUUUCCUAAACCUUUCCUUUGAGUAUUCCAGAGCGUUGGAAGAAUUAAGAAGCGAAAUGAUUAACGAGUUGCAAAAAAGAAAAUCAAUGGGAUCUAACAAUUACAAUAAUAUUUUAAAAGCCAUUUAUAACUCUAUGAAUAGAAAAAAUACUAACUUGGGGCGAGACGCAUACGAAGAUGAAAACUUCAUCUCACAGGCUAACUCGUUUCGAAAUGAAGAGAUGCAACCGUUAAAUGCAAAGUAUAACAAAAUUUUAACACAAUACCUUUGUCAUGUAUUUGUCAACAACCCUGGAACAAAUCAGUUAGAGAGACUAUACUACCAUAAUUUCGCCUUAGGGGAACUAAUCGAACCGGUUAGGAGAAAAUACAGCAAAAUGACAUCCUCCUCUGUGGGUCUAAACUACGAAAUUUAUAUAGCGGCUUCUUCUAAUAUAUAUCUAAUGGGUCACCUGCUGGUUCUAUCCUUAGCUUACCUUUCGUACAAUCACUACUUUGUGCACGGAUUGAAACCUUUUUAUUCGUUAGAAACCAUGCUGAUAGGUAACUCGGAUUGGAGCUUCUUCAUGUACAACGAAAUGUGCAACGUGUAUUACCACCCCAAGCAAAGCUUCAAUAGAGACAUAACCUUCGUCCCGAUCGAAUCUAGACGUGGUAGACACACUACCUAUGUGGGGGAAAGGAAAGUAACUUGCGAUUUGCUAGAAUUGAUUCUAAAUGCAUAUACUUUGAUAAAUAUACACGAAAUACAGAAGGUCUUUAACAGCAGUGAGGCGUACGGUUAUGAAAACUCCGUCUCGUUUUCGCACAAUGGAUUGAGGAUAUUCUCACAGGUAUGUCCAAGGGAUGAUACCAAGAAUACCCUCAGCUGCGAUUUUGAGAAGUCCACGCUGUAUAACCCUAAAAUCCUAAAAGAGGACGAAGCGCAUAAAGAAAACCAGAGAAGCUUAAAAAGAGCCUUUGAUAUGUUACGAAUCUUUGCCGAAAUAGAAAAUUCGUCCUACCAGAAAGAUCCCAAUCCUCAUUAUAUAAGCCUCAUUCUUGAGCCGAACUUGUAUACGGAUCUUUAUAAGUACCUGUUCUGGUAUGAUAAUAGAGAAUUAAUAAGCAUACAAAAUAGAAACGUUGGGUCAACGAAAAGAAAAAGCAAGAUCAAAUUUGUCUACGAUGAGUUUAUCAAGAGAGGAAAGGAAUUAAAAGAUAAACUGAUCAAAAUCGAUGCCAAGUACAAUGCCAGAAGUAAAGCAGUAUUAGUUUUCUACGCCCUUGUGGACAAAUAUGCCAAAAUUGUUAGGAAAAGCGAAAAAGUUAGAAAGUUCUUUCUAAACGAUGUGUCUACCGUACGCCAUCAUUUGUACUUAAAUAGUAUCCUGUCCAAAUCUCCCAAGUCUAAUUUAGACUCCAUGAAGAAGACACUAGAAGAAUUGCAGUCGUUAACAAGCACCCCACUAAAAUUUAUCGUGCGAGGAAAUAAUUUAAGGUUUUUAAACGACAUAGCUAAAUCUGAAAACUUAUUCUAUGUGAACUUGUUUAUAAUGUCAGCCCUUUCGAGAAAAGACCCAGUCAGGACUUACUACGCUGAGAAGAAGAAAAUGCUAAGUGCAACAAUGACUGAGAGGUUUGCAACUUCCACAUCGGCUUUAAUACCACAUAAACUCCGAAGGCUUGUGAUAACCAUGAAAAAGGGACUCCUAAAAAAGAGAUUGCUAAUCGCGCUUGCCAAGAUGAAACUCUUGCAACACAUUCCUGAAAAUCUACUAGAAAACAUCUUGACGACCAUCCGGUUUACCACACAUACAAUCGCUUCUAGAGAAAUUAUUCAAAACGCGAAAUUUAUCCCAAAAAAUUUAAACUUUUAUCAAAACCGAAAUGUGGAGCUAGCCAAACAGGUGUUUACGGAGGGGGGAUUCGCAAAGUAUGCCGACAAUUUGAUGUCCACGUGGUUCGACAAAGGGUUCGAAGAGUACAAAAGAGAAAAAAUUGAAAGUCAAAAAAUGGAACAUUCAGUUGAGAGGGAACUGAAGGAGACAAACAAUGACAGCAGUUCAAGCGAAGAAAUCACGGAGCAGGAGAAAUUACAGCAGGAGCAAAAAGAAUUAAAUGAAGAACAGGAAAGAGAAAAGCAAGAGAACAAAUUAAUUUUUAAUCAAAAUGACAAGUGGGAUCACUACCUAAAUAAAGAAUUCGCAAAGGCUUUAGGAAUAUGGCUAGAGCUUUCGGACAAUGCAUAUAUGAAGGAUUCCUUCAUAUACAAAGUUGUUGAAGAUAGUAAGCACCUACUAGAAAGUAACAUCGAAGACAAUAUCAUGUUCUCCAGAACGGUCAAGCCAACGAAACAAACAGCGUUUCGAAAAUUUUUCAAAAAAAUUAUUUCCCUUGGAAAUAUGCUCCUGCGAAAACCAAGUUUUAAAGUUGAACAUGCCAUUUGGUUUGGAGCUACCAUCAACAUCAAAAAGGCAAUGAUGUUAUUAGAAAAAGUGGCAGAACUGCAUAAGCUUCUACGUAAUGAGGAUGAAUCCUGGCUGAUUAAUGAAGCCUUCAUCGAAAUUGUCGACCAUGUAGUGCAAAUUAGCUCAGAACAACGUCUACGUGAACCGUUUAGUGUGGUUAGAAACCCUGGAAUGGUGGCUCUCAACCCGGCAUAUGUCGCGUUAAAUAAUGAAGACAGAAUGAAAGAAUUACAAAAUUCGAUGUGCGCAGAUCAUUGUUCUGCUUUGUGGAAAACGAUUUCAACUUUUGCUUUGCAACAUUUGAAGAAUCCAGAAAGUUUACAUUCUUAUGAAUCUAAAUUUUCUAAGAAUUCCUUUGGCAACAAAAUUGAUGACCAGAAUUUUGUAAACAAUUUUAAAAUGAUCCUUGGAGGGGAUGCUGUCCUGCACUACUUCGAUGUGUUGCUACCGAAAUCUAUGAAGAAAGAAUUGAAGGCCAUGAAAAAUGGAGUCUCCCUAUCGUCUGCCUUCUCUCUCAAAUUAACCAAAAUCGUUUUUAGCGAAAUGCAAUUGCCUUACUUAAGCCAAAUGUUCUACGCACAAGCUCCAUAUUUUGGUCACUUCAUAGGAAAAUGGCAAAGGGAAAGAGAAAAAAGUAGGAUGAAAGAAAUACUAGGGUUCAUGACUCUGGGCACUUUAUCUGCAUACACUAUACUCAGCGCAAUGGAUAUAACUCAGCACGCUACUGACAUCGGAAUGGGACCUAUCACCAGUUGUUACACAUCUACUAUCCCUCCACCUAAACAAGUAUGCGUCCAACAAGCGGUUAAAGCAACUUUAACUAGCUCGACACAAGCUUGCAUGAAGAGUGUUUUCUCUGUUGGGCUCUUCGCAUCAAUUGGACCCUACCUAUUUGCACCCAUGGCCGGUCUAGCCCUAUGGAAUGUUUUAAAAUCAGAGUUUAAAGUUCUGCAAAGAAUUGAUAUGGCACUCAAGGGUGUCUUUAAAAACAUGUGGAAGAAAUUUUUGUCACUAAAGGGAAUUCGCAAACUGAAAUAUAUUUUCAAAAGAAGGAAGACCAUGAAAAAGAAAAUUAUCCAAAAUGCAGAACAAAAAAUGUUGGAAAUGAAAAAUAAUCCAAAGAAGGAACAGAAUCAUAAACUAGCCGUCCAAAAAAUGCACAAGCAUGCGUCGGGAAGUUACCACUACAUAUCAUACGCCCGAAUACAGAUGUAG